UGGAUUCCUGCUUGCAUUUGGCCACUUCCCGGCGCAGGGCGGCAAUCUGAAAAGGGGAGAGGGGAAUUCGCCCGAGAUAACGAGACGUCCUCUUAACAUUAAAAUCAUGGAUUAUAUCGCCAAGUUUAAUAAGGUAGCCAGUUCUCCUGAGAUGCAAGCCCGAUUCAAGAAGGUGGACGAAAAUGUCCAGAAACAAGAAAUCAAACUGGUCAUGCGCAGAUGUACCGGCAAGAAUUUGGAUAUCCCCACCAUUCUGGCCAAUUGGAAGGACACGUGCCGCUUGGAGCAGAAGAUUAUUGACCAGUUGCGCUCCAUUGGGCUGCAGCCAAGGGCUAACGACGCGCCGUUGACCCGAAUCCAUCUGCCCGGUCACCCAGAAAUGGAGAUAGUUGUGAUCAACGAAGCUAAGUUAUCAACCAAUGGAGAUCCGGAGCCGGAGAUCCCAACCAAUCAAGAUCUGGAGCCGGAGAUCCCGACCAACGGAUAUCCGGAGCCGGAGAUCCCGACCAACGGAGAUCCAGAGCCGGAGAUCCCGACCAACGGAGAUCCGGAAUCGGAGAGCCUAAGGAAACAGGUGAAACGUCGCAAGCUGGACAGCUGGAAGAAGAAGGGAGGAAAACACUAAGCCGGAUGUGGCAUCACCCAAUCUACUUGUAUACUGCCAUAAAAUAUAAAAUAAAUAUAUUAUUAAUUGAGUGAAAUCUAGA